GACGCUGUCGCUUUUGAAGACAGCCGUUUCUUGGCGUGUGUAGUAAAUGAAUACUAAUACCUCAUAACCGCCGUGGAAACUUACAAAUGUCUCCUAGAAUGUCUUCCAAGUGGACAUAAUUCGUCCUGUGAGGGAGGACAAGCAGCAUGUGGAGAGCUAAAGGACUUGUGUGGCGAGUGCUGCAUCGGUACCACACCAGCACGCCACUACGUCUGCCUCAGAACCACCAAAUCGAAGAUGAGGUCAUCAACACCUCCACCGCGCUCUCCACAUCUCUUAACUCCUCAGACAGCAGCUCCCAGAAAGAAGAUGAUGGCGAGAGGAGGAAGAAGAAACAAAGAGCCUUCAAGUUCAGCUCACCUGAGCUGCCACAUUACACAGCUCUUGACGCCAUGGGUUGGGGUGCGGCGGCGGUGCUUUUCAUGCAGAUCUGCCGGAAAGUCCACUCUCGAUUCUCUUCAGGCACGGACCCCAGUCCAACCUUGUCGGCACCGUCCACUUUGCACCACUGUGGCUACCGCCUCCUGCUGGAGAUCCUGUCCAGGAAGGAUGUGGUUCCAAGAAGAAGUCAUGUGUUGUGCCUGCACAGUCAGUCCUCGGAUGAGGGCAUAAGCAGCAGCAGUAGUGGUCCAAUCGCCAGCAGUGAGCAGAACCACCUGUACACUAACACCUCCACACGAGUCCACCAGGGGCCGCCAGGCGAGGGUUCACCUUUCCAAGAGGGAUAUUUGGACCUGGUGGAAAAUGUCUGCAAGAAAGAUGAGGCGGAGGUUGAACGUGCUCAUGCUAAGGAUGUGUUUUCAAGCGAGGAGAGGCUGGCAGAAGCGGCACAGAACCUCAAAAAAGUGGCAGACACCAACAUCCCAGUCAUCCUGAACAUUAUUGGUCUGGAGAGAGCAAAGAGCGAGAACUACGAGGAAGCCUUCGUCUGUUUUGUGGCAGCAGCUCAGCAAGGCUACAGCAAGGCUGAGUUUAAUACUGGUGUGUGUUACGAGAUGGGCAGAGGAGUCAGCGAGGACAAGGAGAAGGCGUUCCAUUACUACUGGCGGGCAGCAGUCGGGGGUCACAAACAGGCUCAGUAUCGUUGUGCAAAGCUGCUUCUGACUCGGGAGCAGCAAAGUACAGAACAGCUGAACGUCGCCAUCAACCUCCUGGAGCAAGCUGCUGCAGCUGACCUGACUAAGGCUCAAUUGUGCCUGGCUUCUGUGUACGCCCGGGAGCCGGUGAGAGAUGGGAGCAAGUCUGUCCACUACCUGCAGAUGGCAGCAAAGAGCAGAGAUGGUGCUGCUCUGCUCCUGCUGGGUCAGUGCUAUGAGAGUGGCUUUGGGGUGCAGCAGAACCUAAGAACAGCCAUGCACUUUUACAGACAAGCUGCUCAAGCAGGCAACAAGCAAGCCGGUCUCUUAGUGACGUCUCCCACUGAGACGGACGUGUUGCGCUCCAUCCGAUCUUCACCGUGUUUCGCCGCGUCCGACCUCCACCCCAAGCGGCCGCUCUCCUCUCUGGCCAGCCGUGUGCUCGCGGACACCGGUCCCUCCGUCACUCUUCCCUUCCUGCCCCACUCCUGGAGCACAGGCAGCAUGGAUUGCCCUCCAUCGAUGUCCUCCACUCCUCUUCACCUUCAUCCCCAAAGCCGAGAGGGAAAACCGUGCCAGUGGAUCGUAGGGAUUGGAUAACCGCCAUUUCGGGUGGUUGGUUUCAUUCAGAUCAGGUUUGCUGGCCUACUUAUAAUGAUUAAGCUAUACUGUCUCUUUUUUACUUGGAGACUAUCCUGUCGUUAUUUAUUUUAAAAAAGGGUUAUUUUAUUGCUCUAAAACUGUUUUUACAUCCGUUUGGUAAUUUCAUUAGAGCUUAAAAUUCACUCUUUUUUGCACUUGCGCUCUAGCUCACAGAUCUAUAUAUACAAAAAAAUGCAUGUGCAAAGGCAAAACAAAUGUCCUUUCUUUAAUAAACCAUGCAGUGGUCGGGUGUAGACGUAAAAAAAACGUCUCAUGAUAAUUCACACCGAGCAGAGUAAGUAGCGUUCAUAUUUGUGUAUGUAAAUGCUAAUCAUGUUUACAUACUUAUUUUAUCCCUGUCUUUAUUCGACAAUGUGUGCCUUUGGGCUUGUGGGGACAUGUCCCUCUCUACAUGUGUGGCAUUAAUCCUGUUUAACAGAGACUCCUUUAAACCAAUGAUGUGGAGGGAUACCUCGUCCAACCAUGUAUUUGUACAUGUGUCAAUGUUACAUAUAUGAUGCCCUGCGGUACUUUUGCUACUGUGUGCAUAUUCACAAUAAAAAUAUAC